AUAACAUUCAUUUAGUUUUAAUUUUUAUUCAUAUUCUCUUUAGCCUGAGCCUCCCCCAAUGCGCAAUAGAGAGGAAUCAAACAAAACAGAAACCAAACACACACUGUUGGAACCACAAAAUGCAAAAAGUUCAAACGAACAAAAACUCAGUUGAUGUUUGAACACGUUGUUAGCUUGUUGUGAUGGCAAUGGAAUCAAAAUCCAUAGCCAACGACACUCGUCUCUGCUGCCAUCACAGAAAUUUGUCUACACGCUCUUCGAUUUUUCAGACACCAAAUGCAUUUUCUUCGAUCCACUCUAGCUCGGUCGACCUCAUCCUAGACUUUCUGCAAAGGAACAAAUUUACAAGGGCUGAGGCUGCUUUGCGCAGCGAGCUCAGUAACCACCCUGAUACAAAUGGAUUCAUUCGAAAACUUACCGUUGAAGAAAAGGACUCAGUGAAGUUGUUGAGAGAAGAGGAUGGUGACAAAACAGAUGUGGAAAACCAAGGAACAAGCUCUCAGAACAGUGAAGUUUCUAGGGAACUUAUUGUUACAGAGAUUGGGUGUGGGACUGUGAGAAAUGGGUCCAAGACCAAUUGGAAAAGUGCUGGCCCUUUUGCAGACAGAAAUAAACUUAUUGAAUCUGUCGGUACAACCGAGAAGCACCUUGCUUUCUCUAAAGAUUUAGAGGAUAGUGUGAUUGAUUUGUGUUUAUGGAAGUUAAAUCCCAGCAAUGGGCUGGUUGAUCCUUGCCAGAUUGAUAGUGACACUAUUACAAACAACUUUUCAGAGUUUCAGGUUUCUGAACAGCUAAGGGUUCAUUCCCCUGAUUCUUCUGAUAAGGGUAAAGCCAAAGUGAAAUCCAGAGAAGAAACAAAAUUUUCUGCUGAAAAGAGAACAUCAUGGCUUGGGACUGACGUUAAAGCCAAUGUGGAAUGUAAGCAUGAGAGGAAUGAAAUUAGUGAGCUUAAAGAACUUGAUCAGCAACAUAAGAUUAGUGGUACCCACUCUAAAGACGAUUUUGUGGAUAAACCUUGGUCAAGGACUGAUGCACCGGCACAUUCAUCAUCGGACCUUUGGGAAGAUUGUUCGGUCAAAACCAUCUUCCCAUUUUCCAAAGGAAAUAUGUCAACUACUUAUGAUACUGCUUGUGGGUCUGGUGAUAAAAAAGAAGGAAAGAGAAAAACUGAGACCAGUGACAAUACGGCAGCAAGCAAAGAGCAAGUGGAUCAUGUGGGAAGACCUUUGUACUUUGGAAACACUCUAGGGAGUUAUGAGUGUAACCGUACCAGCAGUUUAGAAUUUCCAGUUGUAUCUGAGAAUCAGAAAGAAGACUUACCUAGGUUGGCACGUGUUAAACUCAAGUUGGAGGACAAAUCAAUAAAUAUUAAUUGGGAUGAAAAACUUGAGCAUGAUGGAUCUGGUUUGAAGCUUACUAAUGCUGACAAUACCUUUCUUAUGGGGUCAUUUUUGGAUGUUCCUGUCGGACAAGAAAUCAACUCUGAAGGUGGAAGAAGGACUGGAGGAGGCAGUUGGCUAUCUGUAAGUCAGGGGAUUGUGGAGGACACUUCUGAUCUUGUUUCUGGUUUUGCAACUAUUGGUGAUGGAUUGAGUGAAUCUGUUGAAUAUCUGAAUGAGUAUUGGGACUCUGAUGAAUAUGAUGAUGACGAUGAUGUUGGCUACAUGAGACAACCUAUUGAAGAUGAGACCUGGUUUCUGGCUCAUGAAAUUGAUUAUCCAAGUGACAAUGAGAAGGGAACAGGGAAUGGGAGUGUUCCGGACCUCCAAGAAAGAUGUCCAACCAAAGAUGAGGAUAAUGAUCAAUCAUUUGCUGAGGAGGAUUCUUACUUUUCUGGGGAACGACACUUCCAGUCCAAAAAUGUCAAUCCAGUUGCAGCUUCAGAUGAGUCAGUGAACAAAAUAUAUAGGAGAACUAAUGAAAAUAAUUUGAUAGCUCAGUCUAAUGGAAAGUUGAUCAAUGAAGAGGAACUGAAUUCGAUGCGUGCGGAGCCUGUCUGGCAUGGCUUUGUCUCUCAGACAGAUGAACUAAUCAUGCUAGGAGAUGGGAAAGUUCUGAAUGAGUGUCGAAGGCCUCAACUUGAUGAUGUUUAUGUGGAUGAUGAUCAGCAUGGUUCAGUUAGAUCUAUUGGUGUGGGUAUCAACAGUGACGCUGCUGAUAUUGGCAGCGAAGUGCGGGAAAGUUUGGUUGGAGGUGGUAGUGUGGGAGACUUGGAGUACUUUCAUGAUAAUGAUGUUGGUAUUGUUGGGUCCAGGCAUUCAAAUUAUGACUCAGAUAAGAAAUAUUAUGACAUGUCAAACAUGGAUAGAAAGAGAACAAAGAAACAUGAUUCUGAUAAGUAUGUAGCGGGGAAUGAUAAAGAUGCACAUACACAGUCAAAAGAUCACACAGAUGGUGGAUUUUUGUUUCCCCCUCCUAGAGAUGGGCAAUUGGUGCAGACAGGUUCUGAUAAUUCUUUAUGUUCAAAUAAGUGCAAUGCUGUUUUCAGAAAGGAAACAGGUGAUUGUUUGAAUACUUUGAUGGAAACUGAUGACAUGGUUUCUUCAUGGAGGCGGAAAAGCAGUGACUAUUCACUGGUCCAAUGUUCAAGGGAUGAAAACAAUGCCGAUGCUGUUGGAUCAGCAAAUUCUAACCUUUCACUUACAAAUUAUGGUUAUGCUGAAAGCGAUCAUGUCAAGAAAAAAGAGGUUGAAAAAAGUGUUGGUGCAAGAGAAGAAAAUCCAGGGGUAUUGCUGGAGGAUGAAGAAGCAGCUGCUGUGCAAGAGCAAAUAAAGCAGAUAAAGGCUCAGGAGGAGGAAUUUGAAACCUUCGAUCUUAAGAUUGUGCAUAGGAAAAACAGAACUGGCUUUGAGGAGGACAAGAAUUUCCAUGUUGUUUUAAAUUCAGUCAUAGCUGGGCGCUAUCAUGUUACCGAGUAUCUUGGAUCAGCUGCAUUCAGCAAAGCAAUUCAAGCACAUGAUCUUCAUACUGGCAUGGAUGUGUGUGUGAAGAUUAUAAAGAACAACAAAGAUUUUUUUGAUCAGAGCCUUGAUGAGAUAAAGCUUCUGAAGUUUAUCAACAAGCAUGAUCCUGCUGACAAAUUCCAUCUUCUCCGACUGUAUGAUUACUUCUAUUACAGAGAGCAUUUGUUAAUUGUAUGUGAACUUCUGAAGGCAAAUUUAUAUGAAUUUCAUAAAUUUAAUAGAGAAUCUGGAGGGGAGGUCUACUUCACAAUGCCAAGAUUGCAGUCAAUUACUAUUCAGUGUUUGGAGGCACUUCAAUUCUUGCACGGUCUUGGCCUUAUACAUUGUGAUUUGAAGCCGGAAAAUAUAUUGGUGAAAAGUUACAGUAGAUGUGAAGUGAAGGUCAUUGAUCUUGGAAGUAGUUGUUUUCAAACAGAUCAUCUCUGCUCAUAUGUUCAAUCUAGGUCUUAUCGUGCACCUGAAGUUAUCUUGGGACUUCCAUAUGAUAAAAAGAUUGAUAUCUGGUCACUUGGCUGCAUUCUCGCAGAGCUUUGUACUGGCAAUGUCCUCUUCCAAAAUGAUUCACCCGCUACAUUACUUGCUCGGAUAAUUGGAAUAAUAGGUUCUAUUGACCAAGAUAUGCUUGCCAAAGGUCGAGAUACGUACAAAUACUUCACCAAAAAUCACAUGCUUUAUGAACGGAACCAGGAAACCAACAAACUGGAAUAUCUAAUUCCCAAAAAAUCAUCCUUAAGGCACCGGUUACCAAUGGGGGACCAGGGUUUCAUCGACUUUGCUGUUCAUCUACUUGAAAUAAACCCAGAGAAUCGUCCUUCAGCAGCGGAGGCCUUAAAACACCCAUGGCUGUCAUACCCAUAUGAACCCAUAUCAUCUUGAACCAUCAAAGGAUUCCUUUUUUAAGACAACCUGCUGCAGUUCAUGGGUGUGAUUGGAUUUGGUUCAUCUGAUGAGGGGUAGGAACUUCAAUUGACUGACCAAAACUGCUUUUAAUUAAAACUGUUCGUCAGUGGGAUUUACCCGUUCCAGUGCCUGCACAAGUUGUUUGAAGGUAUGUUUUAUUGCUGAUAUCCUCCACACCUUUACCAAGUUAUAUUUCCAUCUACCAUAACCGAGAAUGCGAUCUUCCAUGCAUACUACAGUUCUCUGGGGUUACAUCUGGUUUAUUUGGCCUGGUGGAAAGGGGAAUCUGUAAUUGUACAUGAUAUGUGAUAAUUCUUUUAUGUUAUGUAAUAGCUUGUGAAAUAGUUGCUUAUCCAAUUUUGGUUGGCUUGUGACUCAUCUGCUGCACUAUUGGCUUGGAGCAAGCGCAGUGAUAAGGUUUUUAUUUUUUAUUUUUGUAAUGGUUUUGAAGUGUUGUUCCAUGUAACCAGGUAAUCGAAUUUCUUUAUAUUCGGGGGCAUGCAAUGGUCAUGACCCAAUUGAAUUUGGGUAAAAA